GUCGUGUUACUCCAGCAACUUUGCACGUUAAAUUUUAUUUUUCUUUGAUUUUCUGGAAAAUCGAAUAAAAGGGUAGGGAGUAAAGGAAUAAUAUAUCAUAUUAUCUAAGGAAAAACAGAAAGCUCUUCCUUUUAGUUUUUGCCUUUACCAUAAAGGGAAAUUUCAACUAAGUUGAAGUUCUAGUGAACUCUAGAUUUCCCCUCUUUUUUUUUUUUUUUUAUUUACUUUUCAAGUAGCCACUCACCUGUCCUUGAACAUACUAAAACUUUGCAAUUUCUAGUUUGCCCUUUUGUUCCCAUUAUCCUUUCUCAGCAACCAAACAGACCUGUUGAUGGGGUAUAGCCAGCUAAGCCUCAAGUGUUGAGUUUAUCUAUUUACUAGCCGGCACUUGUUUAGCCUCUUUCAAAUUUCUAUUAGAGUUCCAUGUCAUGAUGAAUAUUCUCUGUAAAGUGUUUCACAUUAACAACAGACUCUGGAUCUACAAUGAGGAAAGCAGGCUCUCUUUUUUUUUUGGUGGUGGGUAUUGAAUGGUAGAGACAAUGAGGCAAUUUUCUUCCAUGUUCUAUGGGUUAGCAAGGUCAAUAAGUGGGAAAAUUUCAGGGAAUGGUGAUGGAAGAGAAGCUGCUGAGGCAAUGGCAAAGAAUGCAAAGAAAAAUUACCUGAUUUUGAGGUCUUCCGGUUCUGUAAAUGUCGAUGGUUCCAACAAUUUGGCCUCAGUUUUCUCCAAGAGAGGCAGGAAAGGAGUGAACCAGGAUUGUGCCAUUGUAUGGGAGGAAUUUGGAUGUCAAGCAGACAUGUUGUUUUGCGGGAUAUUUGAUGGGCAUGGUCCAUGGGGUCAUUUUGUAGCCAAAAAGGUUCGAGAAUCAAUGCCUUCAUCGUUGCUUUGCAAUUGGCAAGAAACUCUAGCUCAGGCAUCCCUUGACCCGGAGAUCGAUUUAGAGUCUGAUAAAAAGCAUCAGAGGUUUCAUAUAUGGAAGCAUUCUUAUCUGAGGACUUGUGCAGCAGUUGAUCACGAGCUCGAGCAACAUAGGAAGAUCGAUUCCUUUUACAGUGGAACAACUGCCUUAACAAUUGUCAGACAGGGUGACCUCAUAUAUGUAGCCAACAUUGGUGAUUCACGGGCUGUUCUGGCUACUACAUCAGAUGAUGGAAACUUGGUUCCCGUUCAGCUUACCAUCGAUUUCAAGCCAAAUUUACCUCAGGAGGCCGAGCGAAUAGUUCAGUGCAAAGGUCGAGUUUUCUGCCUGCAUGAUGAGCCAGGGGUGCACAGGGUUUGGCUACCUGAUGAGGAGUCACCAGGGCUGGCGAUGUCGAGAGCUUUCGGGGACUACUGCAUAAAAGAUUACGGUCUUAUUUCGGUUCCAGAAGUCACACAAAGACAUAUAACCAGCAGAGACCAAUUCGUGGUGCUGGCUACCGACGGGGUAUGGGAUGUUGUAUCCAAUCAGGAAGCAGUUCAAAUAGUAUCUUCGACACCGGACAAGCAGAAGGCAGCUAAGCGGCUAGUGGAGUAUGCAGUCCGGGCUUGGAAAAAGAAGAGGAAGGAUAUUGCAAUGGAUGAUAUUUCAGCCAUCUGCCUCUUCUUCCACUCUUCUCCCUUAUCUUAGCAUGAAGUUAAUAUUGUUACAACUUCAAAAUGCUGUCAUGUAUUGUAUUAAUUUCCAAGUUCAAUGUAGUUUAUCAUGUCCAUAUCUUGUUCUGCUCAUGCCAUUUUUCUCCCUACUCUAAUAACAAUAUCUCUAUCCACUAUGAUUGUGAAUACGAGAUAGAACUACUAAGUUAGAAUCAGGAUUUGAUAUUCAGUUAUAUAAGUUGAAUAGGAAAAACAA